AUGAGAUUUUUAAUGAACAUCUGCAUGUUAUGCCCUGAUGGCUUUUGGCACCGGAACAUUUUGGUGAGCCCGUUUCCACUUUUAUCGGUCGAGAUGGAUAAGAACCCAGGUAAAAUACAAUUUUUCGGUUGA